ACCAGUUCAUGUUAACAUGGCGUCCAGGAAAAACAACACCGCCACUCUUGGACAUUUUAAAGCGGUUUUGUCCGCUUUUGUUUUUAUGUUCGCUUGUGUUCAAGCUGAAAUACGAACUGCUGUUAUUGACAAACAAACUGGAAAGCUGUCUGUUGUUGAAGGAUAUAGGGAAGGCUUCGUGGCUUGGUCUAACUUUACAGAUGACAUCAACACAUCAGGUUGGUCUUUCUUGGAGAUCACGACCAGCAGUCAGUACAAUGACAGUAUCCAAGCCUAUGCAGCCGGUGCAGUGGAGGCUGCAGUCACAGCUCAGCUCAUCUAUAAGCACUGGAUGAACACGCUUCUAAAUUACUGCGGGCCCUUUUCCUCUGCAUCUAGUUACUGUGCUCGCCUUAAGGCUUUCCUCAUUACCAAUUUGCAGUGGGUUCAGGAGCAAGUACAGAAGCAGUCCAGUUCACCCUAUUGGUACCAGGUGCAUCUGACGCUGCUGCAGCUGAAGGGUCUGGAGGACGGCUACAAUGACCAGCUCUCACUUCCAUUAGGGCCAUUCUCCUUCAACCCAUUAGGGUUUCUACUUUUUCAAAUGGGCGGGGAUCUGGAGGAUUUGGAAUCCGCUCUGAACAAGUCCAGCCAAACUAAACCUCUUGGAUCUGGCUCCUGUUCUGCUCUCAUUAAGCUGCUGCCAAAUAAUAAGGAGCUGUUGGUGUCACAUGACACCUGGAACAACUAUCAGUCCAUGCUGCGCAUCAUGAAGAAAUACAUGUUUGCCUUUAGAGUUUCUCCUUCAGAAGAGGGUUUUCUUCCUGGAGGAACUCAGGCGUUCUCCUCUUAUCCUGGAUCGCUCUUCUCUGGAGAUGACUUUUAUAUUCUGAGUAGUGGCUUGGUUACCUUGGAAACAACCAUUGGCAACAGUAACCCCGCUCUUUGGAAGUUUGUUCAGCCCACUGGAACCGUCAUGGAGUGGUUGAGAAACAUUGUGGCCAAUCGACUGGCGACUACUGGCAAAGAGUGGGCCGACAUAUUCAAAAAGUACAACAGUGGAACGUAUAACAACCAGUGGAUGAUUGUGGACUAUAACCACUUCACUCCAGGAAGGACUGACAUUAAAGACGGUCUCUUUGUUGUAUUGGAGCAAAUUCCGGGACUAGUUCUCUACUCUGAUAAAACUCAGGAACUGCUGGAGAAGGGGUACUGGGCAAGUUACAAUGUACCGUAUUACAAAGAGAUCUUCAAUGCCAGCGGCUGCAAUGAGCUGGUUGCGAAGUACGGCCCGUGGUUCUCUCUGGACAACAAUCCUCGGGCUCAGAUAUUCAGGAGAGACCAGGCAGCUGUCACAGAUGUGGACUCAAUGGUCCGCCUUAUGAGGUAUAACAACUUUAUGGAAGACCCACUGUCAAAGUGCGGCGGCUGUGAUCCAGCUGCAAAUGGGGAGAAUGCGAUCUCUGCCCGUUCAGACCUGAACCCAGCUAAUGGCACGUAUCCGUUUGGUGCCCUAUGGCAGAGGUCACAUGGAGGAACAGACAUGAAGCUGACGUCUUUUGAGAUGUUUCGUGAUUACGGUAUGCUGGCAGUCAGCGGGCCAACGUGGGACCAGGUGCCGCCGUUCCAGUGGAGUACAUCGCCGUACAGUGACCUGAUGCACAUGGGUCACCCUGAUAGUUGGGCCUUCAAGCCUGUAAAAGUCUCCUGGAAUCCUUAAUUCUACUGUGUGUAUAUACAAGCAACUUGAUCACUAUAAAUAAUGCCAACUAUUGACAGUUUUGAUGGGGGAGGGGGGAGAGAAAGGAAAUUAUACUUUGAAUCAUUGUGAAAAACGUUUUAUGAAUGUAUAUAAAUUUCUUUGAUCAGGGACACCCAUAAAAUAGAUUAUUGAUUCAAAGUGGCACAAAUAUUAAGGAUUAACAGUAAUCCAACUAUUUGAAUAAUCAAAGCACACAUAGUUAAAUAGAUAAUAUCUGGAUAUUCAAAUACACUUCACGACCUUGCUGUUGUGAAAGCUCUAUGUAUUUUGAUACAGAUAAAUGUUUCAAAAAGACUACAGUCGUUGAAUAAAUCCUUAACUGCAGGCAAACAUUUUUGUGAUGCAUUAAUGUAUGUAAUAUUUCUGAUAUAAUGCAUUGUAUGAUCGUUCUCAAUAAAUUUUCCAAAUUUUUGCCUAUAAAAAAACAAUGUUGAAUUGUUUAAAAACAUGCGAAAUAUUUUCUGUAGUUAAAUAAGAUGGUGUCAUCUUCUAAACUGAUGAGUGGGUAGUCACAGCCGAAGAU